UCCCACACCAGUGGGGGGUCUGUGGGGAUGUUACCUGACCGCCUGUCAGUUAGAUGUGGCGACGGAAGAGGAUUGAAAGCUGGUGACCACUCUGCACAAGUUGUUCGAGUCCAGUUCUCACAAGUCUUCCACAGGUGAGUCGUCUCAGCUCAUCAGGUCCACAGCAGUAUGGCUUCGGUCCAAAAGGUCUGCCGUGUUCUCGUGCUCCUCGCCGGGGUCCUGCUCAGUCCAGCCUCCAGCAGCCCAGCAAACUGGACCAGCACCGGAAACCCGCUGGACUCUGAAGAACUCCCUGCAGAGUUCAUCGACCCCGCGGCCAUCGAUCUCACGCCGCUUGUCAAUACCUUAAUAAAUUCAAGCCAAUCGGGGUCCCGGCAGCUCUUCUCACUGCUCAGCGUCACGUCGUAUAGUUCAGUGGCUCUACACAAACUCACACUGCUCGUCUACAACAUCUCCAGCCUCAGAACCGUGGAGCGCGACGUGUUCAGGAGACGAUUCUGCUACUGCGUGUCCAAUGACACCAACGACCUGACAGACUUCACCGCCGUCCUUCUGGACGUCAUGGGGAACUCAUCCAGCCACCUGCAUGAGAUCUUCAAGUCGGCCUCCAUCUUGUCGGUCAGUCAGAGGAACAACUCAGAGUGCAUCUACAUAUGCGUGAUGGCCGGACGCACGGGACACCUGCAGCAGCUUUGGGACGUCGGCUCCGUCACCCCGCUCUUCAACCAGACCGUCAUCGAAGGUCGCCCCUCGGGACAGAGACUCAACAUGAGUCACAUGACCUGGUCUGGGUCCAGCAGAGUUCACUCCACAGUGCCAGUUUCGCCCAUGACUGAGGAAGAACCUGCACCCACACUCAGAACCAAGACAUCAGCAGGACUGAUGGUCCACACUCUCACUGCAGCUGUCAGUCCACCAAAGACAACCUCAGACCAGAGAACAGGAUCUUAUCCUGGGUUUACUGACCCAUCUGGACCUUCAACGCUCCGUUCCUGGACCACUCCAGCACCUGGGCCCACUCACUGGACCUCUACAGUCAAGCCAGGUACUGUCCCACCAGAGGUUAGCUCUGCCUCAAGGGACACCCCACCGUUUAGUGCCACUCACGUGACCCUUCUUCAAACCGUCACACCUGAGCUACACCAGGUCCAAAGCGCAUCAACUCAGGUCCUCCCACAUUCAACCCUAUUAGAGACCUUCACAUCGACCAGACCUUCUGCUGAGUGGGUUCCACAGGAGCCCAGAGCUACAGUCUCUGAACCUGCCACCUCAUCACUGUGGAUUAGGCCGACGCCCUCAAGGUCUGCUCCCACUGCAGAGAGACAACUCCACCUGAAUCUGAAGACGCCCGAGAGGUCCACUUCUCCACCUGCCCAGAUGACCACAGCUGCGCGCCAUCCCUCCACACCAACUUCAGCUGAGGUGUCCACUCUUGGUUCGGUCAGACCUCAGCACCUGACGAGGCCAGCGAGCGAGGUGACGGAGGCCCCCGUGGAGACAGGUUGUGUGUGGAAGAGGGUGAAACUCAGCAAGGCCUCCGACACCGCCAUCCACAACCUGCAACCGUGCGUCCUGGAGCUCUGCAGGUUCUUCGCUCAGUGCCUCUGCCGCCGCCCGGACUCCAAAGCCGCCAAGAGCAGAUACUGCGACGACAGCGACUUCUGGUAUGAGAAACACACGCUGGAGGUCUGCCACCGUGUCAGGAGGGUCUCCGUCUCCAGAAACCUGAAGCAAAGGUGUUUGCUGAAAAUGUGCGAUAAGCUGUGACCAACUCACAAAGAGCUUUUCAUCCUCACCGCUAUCAUCAUCUUCGCUCCAGUGACUAGGUGGUCAUGUGACUUCCUGCUGACAAACACUCGACACUGUUUUUU